GCAUAUCAGAUUUGGGUGGCUGAUGGCAAGUUGGCCGAAAUGGGAAAUUUACGAGGAAUGCCUUGCAAAAGAUCGCGUGAUGUCUGCCAAUGGGGACUUUCAAGACUUCAAAAAGAAGGUGUUGAAAGCCUCCACCGAAGAGAUUGAUGCUCAGGCGAAGCAUGCGCCGAUCAUGUGGAGCUUCUUGAUCGCCUUCGCCGAGAAGAAACCUUUCUACCGGUCCUUGAUCAUUCAGGUCUUCAACAAAUUGAUCUCGGUGCCCAGCUGGGCUUCUGCCUGGGAAGCAGAUAAGGCGCUGCAUCAGAAGGUGCAGACCUUGCACGAGGACCUGCAGUCGGCCAUCGGAGCGCAGCACGAGGUGCUACAGAAAUCCAUCGCCCCCGCCUUGAUGCAGUCUGUGACCAAGGUGAAACACGAGGAGAAACCUGAGGAGGUGCGCCUGGCCAUGGAGCGCGAACGUCUCAUUGACGCCAUCAAGGAGGAAGAGGAUGCUUCUACGGCUGCUGAGGAGGAGCCCGAAGCAGAUCUGCGGCAAAGCCGGCAGUCUGCCCUGCAGGAAGGCAUCGAUGCUGUGACAGCCAUUGAUGAGCCGCAGAAGAUGGACUCGGGGGGAAGCAACGCCUUGAACAAAUUGCGCAUCGGCUGCAUUCGCUGCGCCGGAGAGGAGGAGGUUUUCGUGCAAGAGGUGGAGCAUGCGCCCAAUGUCUUCAACUUCCUGUUCAGCUUAGCGAAGCAAAAACCUGAAACGAUUCAGGGCGUGGCUGAGGUCAUGAAUCAGUUGAUGGCAAGUGGUAGCUGGUGUUCGGUGAUGGAAACGAACCGCUUGUUGCAGGAUCACCUGAAGGAGCUUCCCCUGUCUGCCCAAGCUGCCCUGGGACUGCAGAGUGAGAAGGUGAUGGCUCUGAUCCACAGCGAUGCAAAAAGGAUGGCUGCGGGGGGCGAGGUCCCAGCGGAUUUGAAGAGUGUGGCAGAUCGGAUGAAGAGCAUCCGAGCUCCGCCCAGGGGAGGCUAUCCUGCAGCGCCCAAGGCUGCUGCGGAGCCAGAAGUCAAGUGGAAGGCCGUCAAAACGCCUGAGGGACACACGUACUACUACAAUUCCAGGACCCGGGAAUCGACCUGGGAACGUCCUCUGGCGCUCGGAGGACCUAUGGUCUACCGCGUGGGCGAUGAAGUGGAGGUCUGGAGCAAUGGCCAGCGCUCGUGGUGCAGAGGCAAGGUGCUGCAGGUGACGGAGGACAAGGUCACCGCAGAAUUUGCCCUGCCCGACGGGGCAAAUGCGCGGAAGGAACUUCCAUCUCAACACAAGGACCUGCGCGUGUUGCCAGCGAAGGAGUCUCAAUGGACUGCUGAGGAACAGGAAGCGUACCAAAAGUGGUUCAACUUGAUUGAUGGAGGGAGUGCCUCGGAGAAAGCGGCCAAGCCCAUUUCGCUGUUCCUCUGGAAGUCGGAGCUGCCCCGGGAAGCGCUGAAGCAGGUGUGGGCGGUGGCAAACUCCGGGGCCAAGGCCAUGCUGAAGUUUGAGGACUUUGCCUGCUGCUGUCGCCUCGUUGGACACUGUCAGGGGAUGGAUGCCGCGUUCGUGAAGCAAGGUGAACGACCCUUGCGAGUGAAGUUGCGGAGCGAAUGUGUUACUACACCGCCCCCGGCGAUGCCCAAGUUCAAGGUGUAGCAAGGAGAUGGUAGAGUGUACGAUAUAUGAAU